UACUUUGUUACACGAGGUUCAACGUGUUACGUGUUUUUUUUUUUAAAAAUUACAAUAAUCAUUGAACAUUACCGUUAAGCAAAAGAGCUUGAACCAUAAAAAAAUUGAAGCUCCAACUCCAAGAAACAAAUAACAAAUAAAUUAACUUCAAAAAACCGCUAAUUUUCAUGCGUAAAAUAAAUUCUCCAAAUAAGUUAUUCAUUAUCAUGUGUAUUAUGAGCAUUGUGUAUUCGAAUGCAUCGUUUUAACUGUAACAGACACCUUGAAAAAAAAAAAAAUCAAGUCAUUCUCAUUUGCAAAAACGUUCAAUUUUGAGUCCCCACUACUUUUAGGAUCCCAAAUGUCAAUUUUCCUUCCUCCCCACACCCUAAGCACAUCCACCCUUAUUUUGGGCUAAAAAAACAACUACAAAGCAAAACCCCCAUCAAUUAGCUUCAUUCUGUAUUCGGCUGCUUAGCUUUCUUGUCCCAAAUUGAGUGCUUUACCAUUUUCCAAUAAACUCUUUUCUACCUUUCUUUAUUUCAUCAUGCUAUAUUAUGCCUCAUUAUGCUUCACUAAUCUUUUUGCAAAGUAGUCUCUUAAUUAUGAUUACUCUUUAUUAGCUACCCCAAAAUAUAUACCCUCCCACCAAAUUAAACAAACCCAACUUUACAAUAUUGUUUUCAUCUCUUUGAAGGUCAGUCCAAAUUAUGGUUUCUACUUCUCCUGAACCUAAGGAAGUAUUUUCUGUUGACGAGUGUCAGGACAAGGGUCCUCCUCGUCGAGCCAAAUGGUGGUACUCAACCUUCCACACCGUCACCGCCAUGGUCGGUGCCGGUGUUCUUAGCCUCCCUUAUGCCAUGGCUUACUUAGGAUGGGGACCAGGGACUGUAGUAAUGAUACUAUCAUGGUGCAUCACUCUGAAUACAAUGUGGCAAAUGAUACAGCUGCAUGAAUGUGUUCCCGGGACACGCUUCGACCGGUACUACGACCUCGGUAAAUACGCCUUUGGGCCAAAGCUCGGCCCUUGGGUGGUGCUCCCUCAGCAGCUGAUUGUUCAAGUGGGAUGUGAUAUUGUGUACAUGGUCACUGGAGGAAAAUGCCUCAAGAAUUUCAUGGAAAUAGCAUGCACCAACUGUGUUGAGCUUAGGCAGUCUUAUUGGAUCAUCAUUUUUGGGUCAAUCCAUUUCUUCCUUUCUCAACUCCCUAACUUCAAUUCUGUUUCUGCUGUUUCUUUAGCUGCUGCUGUUAUGUCACUCAGUUAUUCAACAAUAGCAUGGGUAGGUUGCUUAGCCAAAGGUCAAAUUGAGAAUGUGAACUAUGGUUACAAAAAAACAAGCAACGUUGACUUCAUGUUCAGAGUCUUCAAUGCACUAGGACAAAUUUCAUUUGCCUAUGCUGGACAUGCUGUUGUGCUUGAAAUCCAGGCCACCAUGCCAUCCACUCCUGAGAGACCAUCGAAGGUAUCGAUGUGGAAAGGCGCCUUAGGUUCCUAUUUCGUAAAUGCACUCUGCUAUUUUCCUGUGGCAUUUAUAGGUUACUGGGCAUUUGGUCAAGAUGUUGAUGACAAUGUGUUGGUAGGACUCAAGAAGCCUGGUUGGCUUAUCGCCUCUGCUAAUCUGAUGGUCGUCAUCCAUGUCAUUGGCAGCUAUCAGGUAUAUGCAAUGCCCAUCUUUGAUAUGCUCGAGAAUUUGAUGAUAAACAAACUAAAAUUCCCACCAGGACUUACUCUUCGACUCAUUACUCGAACAAUCUAUGUUGGGUUAACAUUAUUUCUUGGAGUCACUUUCCCUUUCUUUGGGGAUCUCCUCGGUUUCUUUGGUGGAUUUGGCUUUGCUCCAACCGCGUACUUUCUUCCUUGUGUCAUUUGGCUCGUAAUCAAGAAACCAAAGAGAUUUAGCGCUUCUUGGUUCAUCAACUGGGCAUGUAUAAUCAUUGGGGUGCUCAUCAUGCUGGCAUCAACCAUCGGAGGGCUUCGAAACAUCGUUAUGGACUCCUCCUCUUACUGCUUCUACUCCUAAGUAGAACAUAAUCUUUGUAAGACUGCAAGAGCUAAGACAAGCAAAUGAUCCAUCAUUGUAGAUCAUCGUACAUUCGUACCCAGACGAUGACUUUGCUUGAUUAUCUCGAUCUAGAUAAGGAUAAAUGAUGUGCUGAUAGAUUUCAAGAUAGAAAAAUUUAGAGUUGAAAUGUAGGUGUCAAAUUAAUCAAGAACAUAUGUUCAAAGUUAAAUGAGUUAAAACUUGUACGGUAUGUUA